UUUGCACUGUUUUGUUAGCAGCUUGCUAACACCAGAGCCGAGUCGUUGAAGAAUGGCAACACCGGUGCCCGUGCUUCGCCUGCCGAGGGGACCUGACCCCCACAGCCGUGGCUUCGACCCCAAAUCCCCUCGUUUCAUCGCUCUGUGCAGCCCGUCCAUCAUUUCUUCCUCGUCGCCACGCGCAUGCGCAGACCCGGAGGAACUGAAGCGGGAGCAACACGUGCGUGCGCAGUUGCGGGAGCGCUUCCUCAGGUGUCUGCUUGCCACGCGGGACAAGAAGGUGCGCUUCCGCAUGCACGCCGACGUGAGCGUGGACGCCACGUUCGGAGGCUGCGACAUCGACGUGCUCAACCUGCAGGUGUCCGACCUGCACACUCCCAUCGGCGUGCAGAAGGAGGCCCUCAUCAGAUGCCAGGACGUAAUUUCAUACACGUUUGAUUUGUGAAGACCCCCCCCCCCCCCACACACACACACACACACGUCAAGAUGGAAAUUGUUUACAUCACGAUGAACUUCUUUUUGUGAGAAGUUUGGGCUAUUUAGACACUUGAGCCAUCAAGCAGCAAGCUUUCUGACACAAGAUGGCAGCAUAUGCUCAUAUUUUGCUAUGAUGUUUCCAUUUUGGUUAGUGUUCAUGAAGAAUAAUCCCCCCCUGCCACAGUGUGGCACAGGUAUGCAAUCCAAAUUGAAGUCUGUACAGGGCAGAAAGCAUUGUUACCUUUUUGUUAAAGUCGAAUUUUGGAUGCAGUUCUGUAUUGCACUUGUACCUAAUUAAUGGUCUACCCCCCCCCCCCCCCUCUCCCCCAGUGUUUCCCAACCAUUUUUGAGCCAAGGCACAUAGUUUACAAAUGUCAUAGCACACUGCCAAAAAAAAAUGUCACAAAAAGUGGAUACAAAGGUUAUUUAUGUACCUUCUGCCAAGAACGUUUACUUGUUCUGCCAAUCACUAUACAUUGCUGCCACGGAUGAACAAAGAUACUGUACAUUUGUAUAAAUAAAUAAUUUUCAGCCCAUUUAAGUGAAACUAAAUAAUUUUUGCUAUGCCACAGAAGUCGGGAGUCACUGUGUUACA